AUGGCUAGCUUGAAGGUGCUUUUGGCAGUUUACUUGCUUGGUGGUUUCACAUUUUUACCUUUGGUUCUUUUCACCUUCUAUAAAGUCCAUGUAUUGUACAGCAACCUUAAAUCUGUAUCGAAGAAGGGGUUAGAUCAUGAUGCAGCGGACGAAGUUGAUGAAAAAACCAGGCUCUUAGUUCACGAUAUAGACCCAGAGUUCAAGGCAGGCAAGUCAGAAGAGCAAUUGGGCGUCAAAGUUUUCAACAAGGGUUGGAUCACCGUGACUAAGCAAUAUUAUUACCAUUCUUCAGAAGUAGCUGUGAUUUUGAAGAAUUCUAAUAAUAACAAGGAUUCUGACACUGCACUUCAAGAGCAAAUCUUGCAAAGAACAGACUUGAAGAAGAAACAAAGGUUUUUUGCAGUACUAAGGCAUGGUAAUUUGUUUUUAUAUAAAGACGACUCUCAAAAUGCAAAUUUGGUCCAUGCCAUAUCUUUGCAAAACAGGUUUAUUACCAUUUGGCCCCGUUACGAUGAACUGGGCAAGGAGGAAUUACCUGAUGCUUCGCUUUUCACAAAGAGAACCUGUAUUGCUAUUUUUAAAAAUGACCUCGUUUCCAUAGACUCUAAAAACCAUAAUGUCAUCUUACCACAUUUCGACCCACUUACCAGUGCAGACUCGAAUAAUGGUGAUAUCUCCACUAAUGACACUACACACGAAUACCAAUCACAGUUUCAUAGUUCGAACCAGUUCUUUUUGUAUUUUGAUAAUAACAUGGAUAAAGAAGAUUGGUAUUACCAAUUGAUCAAUGCCUCGAAAAACAAUAAUACCUCCUCAACUGGUUUAUUGAACCCUAGUGUUUCAGCUAACGCCGCUCAUUUGAAGACUAAGGAUAUGUUACAAUUGAUUCAAGAUAUUAAUUCCACUGAAAACCAGUUAACUACCAAGUGGCUAAAUGCUCUUCUUGGCAGAUUAUUUCUUUCAUUGCAACAAACCGAUACAUUGAAUAAGUUCAUUCAUGAGAAAAUUUGCAAGAAGUUAAAUAAAAUAAAAACUCCAGGGUUCUUGGACGAUUUGGUCGUUGAAAAGGUCGAUGUGGGUGAUAGUGCACCAUUGUUCACCUCUCCGGAACUGUUAGAAUUGUCUCCUGAGGGUUCCACCAAGAUUGCUAUCGACGUUCAAUACAAGGGAAACUUGACGAUUAUUAUUGCGACAAAGGCGAAUAUUAACUUGGGAUCACAUUUCAAACAAAGAGAGGUUUCUUUGCAGUUGUCCAUAAAAAUUAAAGAAUUUUCCGGUCCACUUUUAUUUCUAAUCAAACCACCUCCAUCAAAUAGAGUCUGGUAUGCCUUCCGUACAGAACCAAUAAUGGAUUUCGAAAUCGAGCCUAUUGUCAGUUCAAGCAAAUUAUCGUACAACGUCGUUACCAACGCUAUUAAAAGUAAAUUUGCCGAAGCCGUAAAGGAGUCCCUGGUUGUUCCGUUUAUGGAUGAUAUUGUUUUCUAUCCAACACCUAAUGAGAUUUACAGAGGUGGUAUUUGGGAGGAACAGGAUCCUGAGGCAGUGGCGAGGGCUCACACUACAGCAGCAGCCUCAGGUAUGAAUAAUACCAGUGCUAGAGAACAUUUGGCAGCAGUUCAAGAAGGUGGGACGAAAACUCAGAGUCGAAUUAAAAAAGCCUUAAGGCCAGAAAGGAAGAAAGAAAAUCUAAAGGAUCUUGUUGACGUGUCUGGGGUGACAACCAAGACUACAGCCCAGACAACAGUUACUACAGCGACGAACGAUGAUGUUUCCAGUUCCGAAAAUUCUACUAAGUCAAGGAAAUAUUUUAAGAACUCAAUUAAGAAAAUCGGUAGAUGGUACAAAGAUAAUGUUGGGAAUUCAAGUGACACCGAAGAUAUGGAUGAUAUGGAUGUACAGGAUAAGAAAAAUGACGAUUCAGCAGAUGAGAAGGAAUCAGAUAAUCCUACACUUACUUCCAAUCCAAAAAUGAUUUCCAAUAGAAGACCAGUGCCUAGAAGACCUUCGCAACAACCGUUAAAUACAUUAUCUCCAAAACUUGAAGAAAAAAAGGUAAAAGAAACUGAAAUUUUUCCAGCUCCACCGUCGGCUUCAAAUAUAAAUGCUUCAAAGAUGUUUGCGAACAAAGAAAAUAGGAAAUUUUCUGUGUCCUCAAAUGAUUCUCAGAAUUCGCUCAAAAAUGGUGAUCCCCAUGCGAAAAAUUCAAAACUUGAAAGCUCUCAAGCUUUUGUUAAGAAGACCUCUCCAAAUCGUUUCAAUGACGGAUUUUUCAAGCAAGAUUUAGAAUUUGAAGAACAACGAGAGCCCAAAUUGUGA